AAUUUUUAAAGUUUUUAAUGAAAGCAGGAAAUAAAUGCCUUUAUUAUUGCAAGCAAUUUUUUAAUCUACUUUUAGGAAUGAGUGGUUUACUGAUGAUAGCUAUAGCAAUUUAUAUAUGGGUGGUAGCUAAGAUAUUUUCAGUAAUAGUUAUGUGUAUAUUAAUAUUGGGUGGCAUUUAACUAACUUUAUCUUUAAUAUGUAAUGUUAUAACAGUUUAGUAUUUUAGCUUUGGGGUCUAAAAAGGCUAUGUUUAGAAUCAAAGUAUAUAAUUUCAUAUUAGGAAUUAUACUUUUGGGAUAAAUCACUAUUACAAUAUUAGCAUUUGUAUUAGAAGAUACAUUUAUAGAUAAGGGUAAAUAUUGAUAUAGAAUGUAGCAAUUGAAAAACUUGAUGAACCUUAGGAAUCAAUUGAUGCUUUAAAAGAAUAAUUAUAAAAUCAAUAUACUAGAUCUAUAUUCAUUACUUUAACAAGUUUAGGAAUUUAGUUAAUGUGUUUUUUAUUCAGUGUUUGGUAUAGAGAUUCACUUGAAAAUGCAAAUGAUAAUAGUAAACUCUUAUAUGAUGAAAAAGAAAAGUAUUAAAUAUAUAGAUUAUUUUAGGAAAUAUAUGAGUUUUGAAGAAUAUUCAUCAAAAUAAUAAGCAUCAGUAAAAGAGAAAUCAAAUAAUAACAGAAAUGAAGUUUAUUCUAGAAAUCCAGAAUUUUAUGAGUGGAAACAAUAAUAACAAGGCAAGAAAUGA